AAGCCGUUCUUUACUUUCUGGCGUCCGGCUUGGGUUGUGGUUUCCAAGAAGAAGAAGGUUGGUCACUUUAAAUGUAUCAAACUGUCAAUUUAAGCAUUUUUUACGCCAAAUUCCACUUGUCUGCCGCGAGAAAGGGUGCAUAAAUAUCUCGGGAGGGUUUUAUUCGCAUACAUUAUUAUGCGAUGGAUGAAUGAUAGUUAAUGUGAAGUUAUAAAGUAAAACUCGAAUAGCGUCUGCGGUCAGCGACUGAUAUUGAGAAUAUAUUGCCCUGGGCGUUGAAUUGUGAUGGAAUUACAAACUUGUUUAAGUCUUGAAUUAUUGUAGCACAUCAAAAGCAAGAUUUUAGACGGCGGUACAGUAAGCCCUCGUGUUUCACGAAUUCAUGGAUCCGCGAAAAUUUAAUUGGAACCGAACUUAUUUGCAUCUGCCAUUUUUCGCACAUCUGCGAAAUUCUCGAACGGAAGUGUUUGUUUAAUUUUCGUAGUAAUUUAUAAGUUUUCAUGCUUUUAAGUGUAAAAUUGGUAAGAAAUUUAGUUAAACGUGACUUUCUUAUGGAAACGUUCUUUUUUAUGUGCAUACUGUACUGUACCUUUACAAGAUGCGAAUCCCAUUCGCAAAGUUAAUUCCCUUUGGAACUGCCACGAUCUGCUCGUUCGAUUCUCCCGUGUGCCACGCCCCCUCAUCUACCUCGUAUGGAAUCUCCGUGUGAUCAGCUGUUUCGAGUUGCUUUCAUUAGUCCUGUGUAUUUAAGUCUGCGUUUAAGUAUGUUUCCCGAGUCCGGUCAUUUAACGUCGUUUUGAGCUUGCUGUCUGUUCCGUUGUCCUGCUUGUCUUUACCUUUUUGACUAAACCCCGUGUUCCCCGAUUCCUUGCGUCCUGUCCCUUCUUCCCCGGUCCGUGCCCCGGCAAUAGGUGACAAGAACGCGGAUGGUUACAUAAAUAUUAGAAAAUAGUAAAUUUACUAUUUUGUAAUAGUAAGUAGACGUUAACGUAAAUUCAACGCACAAAAAUUAUAAAUUUCUUGAAAGGUGCUAAUGUUUACGUACAAUGUAGUAAAUGCCUCCCGGGUUUCCCUCUAAACACUGAAAGGGUUAGAAGUAGCCAAUCACAGAGCAUAGUUACCAGGUUUCCAACCUGCUGAUUUGCUGGUACAGUAGCUCGGAUCCUUUGUGUACUGUACUACAUGCGUGAAAUCGCGGUUCAUCUUCCCACAUCUCAGUUCAACAAGUGUGAUACAAGUGUGAUAACUAUUUUCAGUGCUUUUUUCCCUCUUCUUACUUAUUUAUAUAUGGAUGCAUAACCCCAAGGCCUGGAUAACCAAGGUCAUAGCAUCCAACUGGUUCCACCGGUGUUUCAUCCCUGAAGUGGAGAAAUACCUUCUCAUCUUAGGCCUUGAAUUUAAGGUGUUGCUAAUCAUGGACAAUGCUGGAGGGCACCCCCUAGAUCUGUUGUAUGAUAGUGUGCAGAUUGAAUUCCUCCCUUCCAACAUCACCUCCCUCAUACAACCUAUGGACCAGGUGUGAUCCAUGCCUUUAAGGCCCUCUACAUAUGUAACUCUAUGCAACACUUGGUCAAUGCAAUGGACAUAAUGGAGAACUUCACCUUAAAAGAAUACCGGAAGAAAUUCACCAUAGUGAUGUGCCUUACUGUAAUUUAGUCUGCUCUCAAAGAAAUUCAGAAGGAAACUCUCAAUGCAUGCUGGAAAAAACUGUGGCCAGACAUAAUCCAUGACUAUAAGGGCUUCUUACCGGAUGAGAUUCAUAAUGAGGCUGUCAGGAAGACUGAUACUGGCAAGAUUGCUUGGGGGUGAAAGACUUGAGGAUUGCACCGAAGUAGUCGUCAAAGUCAUCGAUGCCCAUUCUGUCCCCCUGACAGAUGAUGACAUGCUUGAGCUGACUAAGUCAGCAAGUGAAGAGGAAGAGGAAAUGGCUGAAGAAAUGAGAGGAGGACGAGGGUCAUUCAUUGGAACGUCUUGGAGUAAUCAUGAGGACUCAACAGUAGUUGCAAUCCUGCAUAGAAAAGUGGGAUCCCUUUUUUGAACGUGCUCUGAAAACUGUAAAUGGAUUAAAUUCAGCCAUGGAGACAUACAGAGCCAUCUACACCACUAUGAAAAAACAGUAUCAGCAGAGCAAAAUAACUUGGUUCUUUGAGUCGAAACCCAAACGCUCCAGACUCUGAGAAUCUGUAACUCCUCAUGUACGCUAUGCAGUCAUUUUCAUAUUUUCACUGUACUGCACAGCUCAUUCAUAAUUAUUUUAAAUCAAAUUCAUCAUUGUUUGGAUUCGGAUGGUAUAUUCAAAGCUGUGCACUGGACACAGGAGCAGAGUUUUGGAUCACCUCAAACAGGCCUGAAAUCAUCUUCAUAGCAACUGAUACAAUGUGGCCACCAGGGGGCUCUGCCAUUGCCCAGGCAGUCACUGUGCUUCAAGUUGCCAAGAGGGCUGUAUGUGUGCAGGUGUCCUGAGAAUCAAGGCCAUUGUGCUGCAUUUGGACCCCAGAAGCAAGACUGGCACAAGAAACCCCUCCCACAUUGUGGAACCCGAGGAAGAGACAUUAUGCUGCCCCCCCACCCCCCUCCAAUUUCUUACCAAAUGGGGGUCCAAAUCAGAGGUCUCUGUGAUUACUAAGGUUCCCCUUGUGGCCACUAAGGUUCCUAAACCCUUGGUGGAGCUUCACGUGAAGCUUUUGAGGAAAAUUGGCAAAUCAGUGUCUUCAGAAAGAUGGGAGAAGUACCUGGUAAAAAUUUGCCAAGAGUUCAACAGCACUUGGGCCUGGGAGCUAGAGAAGAAGGGAUACCUGGAGAUGACUGUAGAAUGCAAAGCUGGAAUUCUCAAAUAUUUGUGUGAGUGCCAAUUUGAUGACAAUGUGAAAUUCAAGACGACAAUCAAUGAGGAGGAUCCAGAUAAAAUGCGUCUGCAGCCAAUCGGCCGAGAUAAAGAUGGUCUUAUGUACUGGUUCCAGCUGGACCAGGAUCACAAUGUGCGAGUUUAUGUGGAGGAACAGGACGACCUGGAUGGAUCCUCCUGGAAGUGUAUUGUCAGGACACGAAAUGACCUGGCUCAGGCAGUGGAGCUACUGAAAACUCAGAUUGACCCAGCACUGUUGAGCAAGAAAGAGGUAGAAGAGGGGUCUACAAGUACCAGUCCAAGCCCAGAGGAUGAGGAAAGGAAGGAGGAGCAGGGAAAUGGGAAUGUGACGAAGAAAGAGAAGCUAGAAGAUUCCUCAGAGGAUGAAGAUGACAAACCCACUCUGGAUGCUGCAUGUUCUAUUAGUCCAAAAAUCAAAGGCAUGGAAAAGCCAUCUAAAGAAGAUAAGGACAUUGCAGGUGACAAAUCCAUCACAAUGGAAACUGAAGAGAACAAGAAUAGUGAUGGUUCAGGAACAUUGGACGAAAUUCCAUCAACGGUUACUGAAAUUCAAAAUGGCAAUACUGUCAUUAAGGAAGAACCGAAGGAGGAGGCUGUACAUGUUAAGGGUGACAUUGUGAGCGAAAAAUCAUCACCAAUAACUACGGGUAAUUUUGAUGGUACUGUUAGGGUAACAGGAACUGAAGAAGUGAAGAAAAAAACCGAGGAUGUCCAGAGGGCUAUUAAGAAUGACCAGCAGGCUAAGAUCCCUCUGAAGAAGCGUGAAAUGAAACUGAGUGAAGAUUUUGACAAUAUAAGUAGCAGCAUUGUCUUCUGGAAUCCUUCUGCCACUCCUGUCAAAGAGCCACCAGGUGAGGCUCCUGAGAAGAAUGUGGAUGUGAGCCAGCUACCCCCUGCUUCUGAGGAAGCCUUAAAAUCUGCAGAAGAGGACCACAUUAAUGGAGAAAUCCAAUCGAUCAACAAUACAAAUGAUAACGAUCGAUGCAAAGAGGGCUUGGUGCCCACAGAAAGGCCUAAGGAUCCUGAAAAGGAGGAAUUUGAGAAAACCAAUGCUGUUAUCCAGGACGUGGAAAGGUCACCUAAAGGGGAUUUUGCAAUUGGGAAGCUGUUGACUGAAGAAAAAGAUCAAGCCAUUGAGGUGAUAAGAACCAAGGAAAGUGAUCAGCUCAAUGACAUCAAAGCAUUGGAGGAAAACAAAGCUGAUUCAACUGAUAACAUGUUAGCAUCUGACACCAGUGUAGUUGAAGAAAAAGGUUCUCAGAUCUCUGUAGUGAAUGUGAUGGGACCUGCUCCUGACUUGGACACUGUAGGAGAUACAGUGAAAACUGAUCUGUAUCUUGAGGCUACUCAGAUAGAGAAAAAGGAAGUGCCCACUGGCCCUGACGAAACCACAGUAAAGGAAAUUGAAAUGACUUUGGAUCAUGGACUCCCACCGGUAGGGAACAAUGAUCGAGUAUCUGGCUCAAAGGAUCCUUCAGUAGAAAUAAUGGAAACAUCUUUGGUUUCUGAAGCUAUUCCAGAUGAAGAAAGGGAAUCAAGCUCUAACUCUGCAGAGACUGCUGCUGAGACAAUGGAAGUGGAAUCUGGUCUUGGGGCUGUUCCAGUAGGGAGCAAUGAACAGGGCUGUGGCCCUCAGGAUCCUUCAAAAGAAGCAGUGAAGAUGGCUUUGGGUUCUGAGACCAUUCCAGCUGGGGAAAAGGAAUCAGUCUCGAGCUCUGAGAAGGCUGCAGUUGAGGCAGUGGAAGUGUCUUCUGGUCUUGGGGCUGUUCCGUUAGGACAUAAUGAACAGGGCUGUGGCCCUCAGGAUGCUUCAAAUGAAGCAGGGAAGAUGGCUUUGGGUUCUGAGACCAUUCCAGCUGGGGAAAAGGAAUCAGUCUCGAGCUCUGAGAAGAUUGCAGAAACAAAGGAAGUGAUAUCUGCUCUUGAUGAUGUUCCAGUAGGAAAUAAUAACCAGGUCUGUAGCUCGCAAGAUCCUUCAAAAGAAACCAUAGAGAUGGCUUUGGGUCCUGAAACCAUUUCAGCUGGGAAAAAGGAAUCCGUCUCAAGCUCUGAGAAGGCUGCAGUUGAAACAAUGGAAGUGGUAUCUGCUGAUAAUAAUGUUCAAGUAGGAAAUAAUAACCAGGUCUGUAGUUCGCAAGAUCCUUUAAAAGAAACCAUAGAGAUGGCUGUGGGUCCUGAGACCAUUCCAGCUGGGAAAAAGGAAUCAAUCUCGAGCUCUAAGGAGACUGCAGUUGAGAUCACUGAAACGGCACCUGGUCUUGCGGCUGUUCCAAUAGCGAAAGCUGAAAUGGUCUCUGGUUCUCAGGAUCCAGUGGAGAUGGCUUUGAAUCCUGAGGCCAUUCCAGUUGGGGAGAAGGGGUCAGCCUCUAGCUCUGGGGAGACUGUAGUUGAGACAGUGGAAAUGUCUUCUGAUCUUGGGGCUUUUUCAGAAGAGGAAAACACAUUAGGCUCUAGCUCUCAGGAGACUGCAGCAGAAACAAUGGAAACUGCUCUGAAGGCCAUUCCAGUAGUGGAAAAGGGUUUGGCCUCUGGGCCUCAAACCACUUACAGUGAGAAGAAGGGAACAGUUUCUGGCUCAGAAGACUCUGCAGUGGAACCAAUGGAAAUAAUGCCAGGUUCUGAGCCUAUUGCACAAGUGGAGAAGGAAACUGCUUCUAGAACAGAGUAUUCUACGGUAAAGAAACUGCAAACCACUUCUAGUAGUGAGGACAAUCCACUGCAAGAAAAAGAAAUAAAGUCUAGCAUCGAUACCAUUAUAGUAGAGAAUAAGGUAGUCAUCUGUCCUGAAAGUCUUUCUGGAUCUGAGGCUAUUGAUAUCGGGUUAAAGGAUACUUCCUCUACAUCUGAGGACACUGUUUUAGAGAAAAAGCAAACCACUAUUGGCUAUGAGGAUGUUUUAGUAGGAGAGAAAGUAAGCUCCUUGAGCUCUGAAACAACUACAGUAGGAGAAAAGGACACCACUGUUGCAGAAAAUACUUCUGGAUCUAAGGCCUCUACAAUAGGAGAAAUGAAAGCCAUCUCUGAUUAUAAUGCAACUGCAGUAGAGGAAAAGGAAAAUACUUGUGUUAAUAUUUCUGAUAUCUCUGAUGCAAUCAAAGUAGGAAACGGCAAAGCUGCUACUGGUGUGGACAGUUUUGCCCCUGAAAUAGGAGUAGAAAUAGGAGUAGAGGAAAAGGAAACCACUUCCGUCUCUGAUUCAGCUGCAGAAGAGAAAGAUGUAGUCAUUCCUGUUGAAAAUGCAUUUGGCUCUACUUCUGUACCCUCAGAAGAGAAAAUUGAUGCAGUAUUUACUGCAACCAAGGAACAUCCCUCAAAGGAUGAAGGCCAAGAAGAACCAAGGGAAUCCACUGCUGAAACCCUUGCUGACACUAAUGAGAAUUUGAGCAAUGGUGUGUCUGAUAAAAAACAAAAGAAACUGAACAAAGAACCAGGCAGAGUUGUAGACCCUUCCUUGGAUAGUGGCCCUAUUAUGGAUGACACUGCAGAGGAAACUAGUCCUGAGAAGGAUAAAAAGGAAUUUGGAGAAGAGAAAAGCCAAGAAAAGAAACCAGAGGCAGAAGAAAAAGAGGAAAUUGCGGGUCCAACAAACAAAGCAGAUAUUCAAACGAAGGUGGAAGAACAAGUAGUUCAGCAAAUAGAAGACUCAGAAGAAAACAACAAAGAGGACCAGGAGACUGAAGGAGGAAAGGGGAACGGUGAAGUAUCAUCAGAGAUCCAACAGGAGGGCAUUCGUUUGAAGAUCAAGAUUCCAACCCACCGUAGAACAGCAGAGAUCCAGAAGGAUGCUGACCCAGAACUGGCUGAUGGAAGGUCUUUGAGGAGAUCACCACGGAUAUGUCGCCCAACUGCCAAGCUUGCUGAAAUCCAGGACAUGAAGCUGGAGAGGAAGCAAGCUGCAGCGUCUGUGGCUGAGGAAGAUGAGGAGGAGGACGAUAAGGAGGAUAAGAUUGGUCAGAGAAAGCAGAGGGACCGCAAGAUUGAUCCUGAUGGUCAGACUAAGUCUACAAAGGGCCGAAGACGGCAGCGACGAGCACGGUGGUCCAACACUCGGACUAGGUGGCGCAAAACAAAAGACUCCAGUGAGGAUGAUGAGGAGGAGGAAGAAGAGGAGACUGAGGACGAUGACAGUGAUGAAGAUUACAAAGUGGAGAAGAAAAAGCAAAAUCGCAACAGACAGAAGAAUGAUUCUGAUACAUCCUCACCUUCUUCUUCUGAGGAAGAGAUACCAAAUGAUGAUCCUUGCAAACACUGUGGCCUCCCAAACCAUCCUGAACUGAUCUUGCUCUGCGACUCGUGUGACAGUGGCUACCACACGGCCUGCCUGAGGCCACCCCUCAUGAUCAUCCCCGACGGCGAGUGGUUCUGCCCGCCCUGCCAGCAUAAACUUCUAUGUGAACGGUUAGAAGAACAGCUGCAGAACCUGGAUGUGGCUCUGAAGAAGAGGGAACGAGCGGAAAGAAGGAAAGAACGCUUGGUCUAUGUAGGGAUCAGUGUUGAGAACAUCAUCCCUCCUACUGAUGUUGAAGUGGAAGAGGAGAAGCAGGAGAAAGAGGAACAGGAAGGGGAGAAGGAGGAGAUUAAGAAAGAGACCAAAAAAAGCCGGAAUUUUGGACGACGGUCAACCCGAGCAAGGAAGCAAAUUAGCUACAGGUUUGAUGAGUUUGAUGAGGCUAUUGAGGAGGCCAUUGAGGAGGAUAUCAAAGAGGCAGAGGGAGGAGGGGCAGGCCGGGGAAAGGACAUGGCUACCAUCCUGUCAGAGGAGGGAAAGGAGAAUGGCCGGCCUCCCAAGGCCAACUCGGCCCACCGCAGGAAGAAGCGACGACGCCUCAAUGAUCUGGACAGCGAUAGUACCCUGGAAGAGGAGGAGAGUGAGGAGGAGUUCCGCCUCAGCAACAGUUCAGAGGAAGAAGAUUUUGUGGUGUCAGACAAUGACGUGGACAGUGAAGCAGAAAUCCAGUCCUAUGAUGACAGUGACUUUGGCAGUGUUGACGCAAGCCCACGUUAUGGAGCUGUGCGGUCCAGACGGUCCUCUGUGAGGAAGAGAAGUACACGACGGAUCGCGCUGAGACAGUCCCACCGGAGACGGCGGUACUCGGAUGAGGAAGAAGACGAGACUGACGAGGAGGAGGAGGAUGAAAUAGUAACUGAGGGCUCCAGCGAGUUUAGCGCCAGUGACCUGGAUGCACGUUGCCGCCGAUCCCGCCGAAGUCGGAAGCGACAGGUGAACUACUGUGAGACCUCGGACUCCGAGGGCUCCCAGGGUCGGCCAAAAGCACCCCUCCGCCGGCGGCUCUCCAGCUCUGACAGCGAAGGCAGUUUCUGUUCCAAAGAUUCUGAUGAAGACAAGGGGAGAAGGAAGAGGGGGAGGAGGAUCGGCGACUCAUCAGAGGAGGAGUCCAGGCAGCAGUGCCAACGGCUGACACUGAAGCGGCGGAGAGCAUCAGAGGAAGACGACGACGACUCGGAGGAUUCUGAGGAAGAAGAGCGACCUGUGCGCAAGAGGCUGAACCGCAUCGACUCUGAUGACUCUGAAGAGGAGAAAGCCGAUCUUGGGGAAACGGUGGCAGGCAGCAAUGAGGGAAGAACCCAAUGUGUCCCCACAGAUGAGGAGGUAGUAGAGGGGGUCCUGGGCAAGGGAACGAGCCCCCUGGACUACGGUCUGGUGGAGCUGCCGUCGGCCAAUGGGCAGAGCUCCAUGAAGGGCCUGGAGGGUUUGAUCACUCGGGGCCACAUGGGGCCCAAGAAUGGUGGCCCACCCCCACCCACGACCAUGCUGGCACCCAAUGGCUUGACCCCACAGGAGAUGCUCCCCCAGGAAGACGAUGAGGAUGACCUCAUGGGGGUGACGGACCUUGUUGAGUAUGUCUGCAAUAGUGGAGAGUUAUAAGCCCCAGACUGCUGAUGCUGUUUUUGUUUCCGUUACUUUGUGUCACGUCUUCAGUGUCGUCCCCCACUAGCACCUCAACCACCCAGUCUUCCGUUUUCUCCCAAGACCAGUUCAAACUGGAAACUGGAGUGUAAUAUAUGAGAUGUCAUCCUGACUGUGGUGAGCGGCCAGGGCGGGGGAUGAUUUUGCAUCGAUUCCCUUGGGCCCUGCUGGAUUCGACUGACAGCCAGUUUCAUGUCUCUUCAUAGUACCACUUUGACAGAAAGGCCUGUGUAUCAUUUUAUCAUUAUUAUUAUUAUUAUUAUUUUAAAUGUUCUGCUUGCAAAAUUAGAAUAUUUAAACCCAUUGUUUUUAUGUGUUCAUAUGUAAAACUUUUGCAAGUAGAAGCCGUAUUCCUUCCUGUCAAUUUUGGGUAAAUUCACAAUACCAUCCCCACCCUUUCCUCACAAUUCAGUCCCGUGACAGGGAACAGGAUGUAAUAAUAUAAAGAUUCCCUUUUUGACCAUGGUACUGGACAGACACAACAAAACCAGGAAUAUUUUUUUAAACCAUCCUAUAUAAUCGGAUUCCUGUAUGCAUUUUGCACUUGCUUUAUUUUAACAUUUUUGAUAAUGAAAUACUUAAAUAUGCCGAGCUGCACGUUAGUGAUUUCUAGCUGUAAACGUUGUGAUAAAAUUAAUGUUUUAGUUCCUCUGACACCUGGGUCAGAAUUCAAAUAAUAAUAAAUUAUGAAUUUUCUGCCAAAUUUUAAGAUUUAAAAAUGGCGCAUUGGACAGCUAUUACAUUUGUCAUACGAAUACCAUGACAUGCCAUUUUUACCAUUCAGUUACACUCCAUAUUUCUAUAAUUCCUUCGUUUAAACAUUUUAAGCAUCUUUUACACAUUUUGUUCACUGAAUGUGAGGUGUCCACCAGCAGAACUUAACCUCAAAGCAUGUCUUUAAAUUUAGCUUUAAAGACUGCGUGAUUAUGAUGAUGUUUAGAAGAGUAAUGACGCUGUUGGGUGUGUAGUCAUACUUCAGCUCAGCCAAAAUAGUGUUACGGAGGGGAAUUAAAAGGUAUAUUGACAAAGCAGUUAAGUUACACCCUCUUAAAAUUUGGUAAUCUUUGUUAAAGGGACCAAAUACAGUUGUCAGUAUUAACAAAGUAGCCCAUUAGCAUUGUUGUACAGAAAAUCCACAAAUUUUACCAUAGCAUAUAAAUGGGGCAGUCACUGCCAGUCUCACUGCUAAAAAAAAAUCCUAUAAAAGAUCACCUCAGAAAAGCCACAGUUGCUUUGUACAAUCUACAUUGUCCUUCCAAACACAUUUUCUGUGUAUUGGAACUUUCUAGAAAACACUAUCCGCUCACUUUUGCAGCUUUCUACAAAUUGUAUGUACAAAACAACUGUGGAAAGGUGUUCUUUGGCCUAGCAGAUUGGGCUGUCUUUUUUUGAACACACUUUUUUUUGGUAAAUUUAGGCCUACGUUACAAUGGAGGAUCUUGAUAUAUUACAAACUUCAUUCAGUUUUAAAUGUACAGGCUUGGGAUGAAAUACCAGUACCCUCAUUUGAGAAGAUGACUACAAAAACCUUAUCUUUGUGUGUAUAUCUGAAGUUUAUUCUGUAUCAUAUUUAGAAUCUUUUUUAAUCAUGAAGAAAUAUAUAUUUAGCAAUUAUUUACUAUUGCAACUGUUUAUAAUUUUUGUAGUUGGUUGUGAUAUUUACACAUUUUUCAUGUAAACAUUGUGCUUGCAUGUUUGUUCUAUGUCAGUCUGCAAAGGGCAUAAGUCUUGGAUUUAAAAUUUAUUUAUAAAUAUAUAUAUAUAUAUUUUUUGGAGGAUUUACAAUUUUACAGCUUAUCCUUGUCGUCAAUGUUGAAAAUGUUUCGCACCCUUGGUAUUGCAGUGUAAGUUGGUCUGGUUUUCUGUCAGAGGUAACCGGUGGAAUGACACUCAGAAGAUCAUGAAUAUAAAUGACGUUCUAGAAUGGCUGUUUUCGUUUGAAUUACGGUUAUGUUUCCCAAAAAACAUUUGGAUAAUAUCACCUGUAAUCAAUAGAGUAUCAGCUGUUAGUUACAUCUUUUACUUAAAAUGAUUUACUUCACAUACCCAAAUAUAUCGAUAUUUAGUUUUAAAGCCAUUCUGCCAACUUUUUAAAUCAAAAUAAGAUGGAACAAUUUGCACCUAUUCAUUUUUAUUUUUUGUGAACAUUUACUUCAUCGUGUUGUGUUUUUAAUAUACGGUAUUUGGCAUUUAAACUACUAGACGUUUUAUUUGACUUUAAAUCCUCCAUUAAAAAAAAAAAUAUUGUAUUUAAGAGUCAGUGCCAAUAUUUUAAAGUGUUAAAUGUCUUCAGUGUUCUGCUGAAGGUGGGAUGAGAUUUUUGAAAACCUAGACCAGAUGUCGACAUAAGCUCUUCGACCUGCUUUCUGUGUACGUCUUUUUUUUUUCUUAAGUUUUAUUACAUCUGCUGUAAUUUCUUUCAUACAGAUAACUUGUACAUUUGUCAUAAUAAAAUGGGUGUUUAAACCUU